UGGCCUCACAAAUUCUAUCUCUUCUUCCCUAGAGCACAAAAUGCAGUGGCCGAGCAGGUGAGAAGAAGAUGGCUGCCACCAGCCUCAGUUCCUCUCCCUCCAAGGUUGCCACUGCCAAACAGAUAGGAGGCAUCUCCAGAUCUUCCCCGUCCUACACCCAGCUCGCCUUCUGCUCCAGGCAUGCUUUCCACAAGAUAGGAACCGCUGCAGCUCCGCAGAGGCCUCAGAGCGAGCUCAAGCAUGCAAGACCCUGCGCGACCACGGACAACGACCGGGCGGCGCCGGUGGAGGCGCAGGAGGAAAGCGCAACCAUCAGCGCCGGCGUGAACCCGGUGGCGUCCGGCAACGGCCAGCAGCCGCAGCCGGGCGAGCCGCCGAAGCGGGUGCCGCUGACGGCUCGGGAGCGGCUACGCGCGGCGCGCGUGCUGGGCAAGUACGCGGAGCCGGGGGGCGGCGGGGCGUCGCCGGCGGACAAGAAGGGCUCGUCGUCGUCGUCGUCGUCCAAGCCGGAGUUCGGGAGCCGGGUGCUGGACGCGCUGCGGGAGACGGACGGCGGCAAGAAGGGCGGGCGGAAGCGGUCGGGGCUGCCGGAGGCGCCGAGCAACCUGCUGGACGACACCAAGCGCGGCAUGCCCAAGGAAGGGUGGACGUUCGACUGGCUGGCGGCGCUGCCCGUGGGCACGGACGUGCUCAUCGUCGCGGCGUCCUUCGGGAUCAUCACCACCGUCAUGUUCGGCACCACGUACGUGGUGUGGAAGCUCGGCGCCAUACAUUUCAACGAGUACUGAUAGUUAUAUAAGCCUGUCUAGCUUUUCUCUGCGUGGUUCUGUACAAUAAUGCCGUCUAUCGUAUGAUGAGGCAGAUUUUGAGCACAUGAAUACACCGUGAUUGUACUACGAACUAAACCCAACGAUUUUGCUGAAAUAUUAUAGUACAAAAGUUUUACAUA